UUUCGGUGGCCGGGCUGGUUGCGCGGAAAGGCUCCCGCCUCCCUCCUGCCGUCCUGCGGGGAACAUGCGCGGCUCCGAAUUGCGCUGACUUCGGGAAAGGGAAGCUGAGCCUUUUUGAGCGCAGCGGCUCUCCUCUGCCCUUCCAUGCCGUCCCGUCGUCUCUCGUAGGAGUACCUGGCUGCUGCUGCGGCUGCUGCCCGAGUCCUGCCCUGGGAGGAACUCUUAGUUGAUGAACUGCAGCUGAAUAUCUUCACGCUCUCCCACCGACAGUGUGCCUUUUGGAAAUGGAACCAAAAGUUUGCAAUCUGACGUUUGGUUUCCAGAGAAGCUCAACAUCCGAUGAUGACUCUGGCUGUGCCUUGGAAGAAUAUGCCUGGGUGCCUCCAGGUCUUAGACCUGAGCAGGUGCAGCUAUACUUUGCCUGUUUGUCAGAGGAGAAGGUCCCUUACGUUAACAGUCCUGGAGAGAAACACAGAAUUAAGCAGCUUCUUUAUCAGCUUCCACCCCAUGAUAAUGAAGUUAGAUAUUGUCAUUCUUUAAGUGAAGAAGAAAAGAAGGAACUUCAGAUAUUUAGUUCACAGCGUAAGAAAGAAGCCCUGGGACGAGGCACAGUCAAAUUACUCUCAAGAGCCAUAAUGCAUAUACUUUGUGAACAGUGUGGUACAAAAAUAAAUGGAGGGGAAGUUGCAGUGUUUGCUUCAAGAGCAGGACCUGGAGUGUGCUGGCAUCCAUCCUGUUUUGUGUGUUCUACAUGCAAUGAACUUCUUGUUGACUUAAUCUAUUUCUACCAAGAUGGAAAAAUUCAUUGUGGAAGACACCAUGCCGAACUCCUCAAGCCACGCUGUUCAGCGUGUGAUGAGAUUAUCUUUGCUGAUGAAUGUACAGAAGCAGAAGGUCGCCACUGGCACAUGAAACACUUUUGUUGCCUUGAGUGUGAAACCAUUCUUGGAGGACAGAGAUACAUUAUGAAGGACGGACGUCCAUUCUGCUGUAGUUGUUUUGAGUCCCUUUAUGCAGAAUAUUGUGAAACUUGUGGGGAACACAUAGGUGUUGAUCAUGCUCAGAUGACUUACGAUGGACAGCACUGGCAUGCCACAGAAACUUGCUUUUCUUGUGCUCACUGUAAAGUUUCCUUGCUUGGCUGUCCUUUCCUUCCCAAGCAAGGUCAGAUUUACUGUUCCAAGUCAUGCAGUCUGGGAGAAGAUGUUCAUGCCUCUGACUCCUCCGACUCUGCUUUCCAGUCUGCCCGCUCAAGGGACUCUAGGAGGAGUGUUCGUAUGGGGAAAAGCAGCCGGCCAGCAGAUCAGUGUAGACAGUCCCUUCUGCUGUCCCCAGCGCUGAAUUACAAAUUCCCCGGCCUUUCAAGCACAGCGGAUGACACCCUUUCAAGGAAACUGGAUGAAUUAAGCCUUUCAAGGCGAGGAAUAGGCUUUGCUGAUGAAGAACUCUGGAAGGGAAGAGGGGAGCAAGAACUUCCUGAUGAUCCUGAAGAAUGGGCUGAACAUGAAGACUAUAUGACUCAGCUGCUCCUCAAGUUUGGUGAUAAAAGUCUCUUACAGCAGCCAGUGGAAGUAAAUGUCAGGUCAAAUGAACAAUGGGUUUCUGAAAGCACGGUUAAAGGAAGGUCAGAGUUGAAGAAAAACAGCCAAAGCCUAGCCAGUAAGAAAUACCAAUCAGAUAUGUACUGGGCUCAGUCCCAAGAUGGCUUAGGGGACUCUGCUUAUGGGAGCCACCCGGGCCCAGCCAGCAGCAGGAAAAUCCAAGAGCUGGACAUGGAACACAGUGCAGCUAGGUAUAAAGGGGACCAAAAGCAAUGGUAUGAUAAUUCACUGGAAUGUUUAUCAGACCUGAAAAAAGAACAAUGUGUUAGAGAUUCAAUGGAUUCACUGGCUUUGUCCAAUAUUACAGGUGCUUCUAUGGAUGGGGAAGCCAACCCAAGACCAUCUUUGUAUUCUUUGCAAACAUACCAAGAACUGGAGGUAGAUGACUGUGAGAAAAUGAGUAACAUGGGAACCCUGAAUUCUUCAAUGCUUCAUAGGAGUACUGAGUCUCUAAAAAGUUUAAGUUCUGAAUUAUGUCAAGGCAAGGCACUGCCAGAAGAAAAGCCAGUACAUAUGCCAGUCCUCAGACGGUCCAAAUCACAGACUAGACCUCAGCAGGUUAAGUUUUCGGAUGAUGUCAUUGAUAAUGGAAACUAUGAGAACCUUGAAAUUCGUCAGCCUCCCAUGAGUGAAAGGACUCGACGGCGAGUUUAUCAGUUUGAUGACUUUGGAACUAGACACCAGCAUCGGCGCAGGAAGAGUAGAAAGUCUCGGUCUGAUAAUGCACUUCACUUGGCUGCAGAAAGAAAACCCUCGCCAAAGGAAAGACUUAAUUUUUAUUCCCCUCAGGAUUAUGAUAAAUUCAUUCAAAAUAGAAGUCCUCGUGCAAUUCGGGCAUACACUCCAAACCCAUAUAGUCAGUACAGCCAUAUUUCUUCAGACUAUGCAAUGGGGAACCAUCAAGAUCAGUUUCUGGGAUUCUUUGGUGACGAGGAAGACUCUUGGUGUUCAUCAUCAUCUUCAUCAUCAGAUUCAGAAGAGGAAGGUUACUUUUUAGGACAGCCUAUUCCACAGCCCCGAUCAGUGAGAUAUCCCUAUUAUACGGAUGACUUUUCUAGUCCACCUGCUGAACUUCCCAGUUCUCCAUUUGGACAAAGGGCAACAAAAUCCAAAAAGCGAAAAGCUCACAAAGGCAAAAACUGCAUAAUUUCUUAAGCUUUACUGGUAAUUAAGCUCUGUGCCUACACUGUUUUUAAUAUUAUGUAGAUAAAUAGCAUAAAUUACUUCGUGUAAAAUUAUAGUAGCGCAAAGUUUUCACCCAUGUUCAGUCAAGGCACUGAAUAACCUAAUAAGCAGGAGGGAGGCAAUAAUGUAAGAGCAAAUUGAACACAGGUUUUAUAAUGCCCAGAUGGCAAUAUACCUUUUGGGGAAUAUACCAGCAAAUGGAGAGAUUGGGUUAUAAGGUUUGCUGAAUUAUGCUAAAACCCAGAAAAAUUGCAUAUCAUGGUUUCAACAUAAAUAUGGAACUGAAGUAGCAGGUUAAGUCAACCUGACAAUAGCAGAUGAAUGAAUGUUUGGACACUUUUUGCCUCUCUCUUUCUUCAGCUAGUCACCAGCUGUAUUAAUGUAGCCUAACCAAUUCUGAUGCUAUACAAGAAUUGUUUCAAUGUACGUCAACAGUGGAUGCCUGGAUACAGCCAGCUGACUAGUCCAAUUCAUUUUCUGCGGAUAGGAGGAUCCUCAUUCUGACUUUUUAAACAUAAAAUAUACUUUUGCCCUUCAGCAACUACUUUAAAUGUGGUAUGUAAGGUAAUUGCAUUAAGUCAAUGAGCCUGCUUAUCCAGAACUAUUGUGAAAUAAAGUGAGAUUCUUGUGUAUUUGAAACAUUAUUGCAGGUUUCCACUGUAGUAGGAGCAGCAGUUAGGUCCCAUUUAUAUUUAUAAUGUAUUAGAUAACUGAAUCGGUAUUCCUAACUUAACAGUGCAAAUAAUGUACAUACUGUAAAGUUAAAAUUUAACAGACUAUUUUUAUAUCACUGAAUUGCAAGACACGUGUUAAAAUAGAAACGUUUUGAGGGUUUAACAUCAGCUUGAGUCAGUCAGGGUUUGUUAAAUGUUCAUAAGUUUAUAGUAGCACAAUGUUUAAUUUUUCUGAAACUAAAGCUCUGUAUGCAUGGUAGAGCUAUGUAAAUAUUGUUUAAGCUAUGGUCUGUUUAAACAUUAAAGGCAUUAUUUAUGGGUCAAGAAAA